AUGAGGUACUGUUUAGCUGGAGCCGAGGGCAUCUCGGGACUUGUAGUCCAGCCAGUGGAACUCGUCAUCCCGGCAGGCCCAGCGGCUGCGUCAAGGUCACGUGCUGCCGCCGCCUUCGGCUGUGGUGACAAAUGCAGGGUGGCUGCAGAGCUGGUCCGGGAGGGGUGUUUUGCGGCCCGCGGAGGCGCGCUUUUCUUCCACUUCGGGGAGACUGAAAAGAAGUGCUUUAUUGAGGAGAUUCCGGACGAGACCAUGGUUAUAGGAAACUACCGGACGCAGCUGUAUGACAAGCAGCGGGAGGAGUACCAGCCGGCCACCCCCGGCCUUGGCAUGUUCGUGGAGGUGAAGGACCCAGAGGACAAGCCGCUCCACUGCUGAGCAUAGCUGGGUCCUGGGGAGAAAAUCCCGGACUUGCGCUCGAGGCCACAGUUGGGCCGCUGCGGGGCUGGCUAGCGGCUCCUCAGCUUCUUCCCGACUGCUGCCCGACUCGGCAGAGCCCCUUCCCCGCCCCGAGCCGCUGCGGUUUUCCUGGCCUGCGAGAUGGAAAAUCACCUGUC